CAGAGAGGAGACACGCGCUCCUGAGCAGCAGACAGACAGCAGCCUGCCGUUACCUCAACAUUUACCUUCCUCGGCUUUGCCGAAAAUAAAAGUCACAAAGUUUCGUUUUUUUAAGAAGCGCCAUGCCAGGGUUUCAAUUACCCCAAACUCUGACAAACUGACACUUUAGACAGCGUGUGCCCAGAUUCAAACCGUGUCUGCUCACCAACCAUCGCCUCGCUGAGGAAAACCGAUCUUUUUCGCCGCCAACGCGAUUACGCUGCUCAGCAAAUAGUGGCAAGAAGUCUGAAACCGCAUGUGCUCGUAUCCAAACCGGAGAGACGCGGUUUCAUUUGUCUUCAGAGAGGAAAAGAGUUGGCUUUAAGCCGGACUGACAGACACAAGGGAAGGAAGGACGGUCUCGUGAGAGCGCUGGAGAAGAGCAUUGGAAAUUCACGCGGUGCGUAAUCACGUUUCUUCUUGGCAUUACUGCUCGAACAGUUGAAAUAAACGAGGGGAAAAUGUAGUCUUUGUGGAUGGUUAUCAGUAUAGCCAAUUUAGACGCUAACCAUUACCGGUGAAUGGCUCUUUAAACACGGUGAAGGGGGGCGGUAGUUGUGGAGUAUACGGCAAUGCCAAGUUGAAGGGUCUCGACAUUGUCAGGAUUAAUAAACGCUGAAGUGCUCAGCACCGUCUGUUUAACAUUUAUGGGCUCGUGGAUAUUUUCUAAACAUCGCCUGCUAUAAAAAGUGGAGAGAAAUGCUGAAUGAAGAUGACAUUUUGACUGGGAUAUUCACGUAAACCGCAGGCACACGCGCUGUCAGUCACCUGCUCACAAAGGUAAACGCAGCUUUACGUUUAAACACCGUUCAAAAUGAUGACCAGCGGACCCAACAUCGUGUAUGAAUGGCUGAAAACCCUUCAGCUGUGUCAGUAUGUCGAGGCUUUUGUGGAUAACGGAUACGACGACUUGGAAGUUUGCAAACAAAUCGGAGACCCGGACUUGGAUGCCAUCGGUGUGUUCAUUCCGCACCACCGCCAGCGGAUUCACGAUGCCGUGCAAAGGUUAAAAGAUCACGAUAAGGAGACGGCCACCGGACUUUAUUUCACCCUGGAGCCGAUGCCCCCGGUCUCACCUAUAUACACGAGUCGCAUGGCAGAGCAAUGCGAGUCUAGGCUGCGGGGCUCCAGGUCAUGGACUGAGCAGAGCAGUGAUAGAGCGGCGCGCAGCAUGGGGUACACGGGGCCGUCCAGGAAUCUGACGCUGGGGAACCGCAAGGAGCUGGAAGUCUACCCAAAACUGAAGCUGAAGAUCAUGAUCAGGGAUAAACUCAUUAGGGACGGGAUAAACCUUGCCAAGCAGCCAUAUUCUAAUAAGGUACAUAGGUGCAAUUAGUCCCAGCAUGGCAUUUCUCAUAGUGUGUAAAUCACAUUGACCCUUACCCCAUCAACAACCCUGAGUGCAGUAAGCAAGGGCCUCAUUUUUAAAGCUAUCCGUCAUUGUGACAGCAGCUAAUAUAAUACUUUAGCAUGCACUUCAAGAACUCAGCACAGCCUUGCAUUAAAUUAGCUUUACAGUUCCUCCACACACACACACCAUGUUUGAAGUUGUCUCUGUCCUUCAAAUGAUUAAUUGCAAUCAAUAUUCAAUUAUGUGGUCUAUGAUGAGCAAGGCCCUGCCGUUUUUUCUCAGUCUUGCUGAGUAAGAGCAGGGCAGCAACAACAUGCCCAUAAGCAUGCCAUCAGUGCAUCAAACUG